AUGCCGCCUAAAAAUAAAAAACAAAGAGAAGUUGUUCUGGAUGAGCGUUUUCAGGCUAUUGUACUCACAGACUCCUUCGAGACAAGGUUCAUGCCGUUGACCUCGGUAAAACCACGAUGUCUUCUACCUUUAGUGAGCGUUCCAUUGAUCGAGUACACCUUGGAGUUCUUGGCAAGGGCUGGAGUCAAUGAAGUGUACUUGAUGUGCUGCGCUCAUGCAGAUCAAAUACAGCAAUACAUCGAGCUGUCAAAAUGGGCGCAGAACUCGCCAUUCAAAAUCACCACCAUCAUGAGUUCGGAGUCCAGAUCAGUGGGUGACGCCAUGAGAGACUUGGACAACCGAGGACUCAUCACCGGUGAUUUCCUUCUUGUUUCGGGAGAUGUGGUGACAAACAUUGACUUCGAGAAGGUCAUGGCCUUCCAUAAGCAGAGGAAGCUGGUCGACAAAGAACACAUCCUCUCGAUGGUUCUCACCUCUGCCAGCCCAUUGCAUAGAACGAGGUCUCAUGUCGACCCAGCAGUCUUCAUAUUAGACAAACAGACGGACCGCUGCCAUUACUAUCAGGAUAUACCACCUGCUGGUGGUAGAAAAACUAGCAUCAACAUUGACCCCGAGCUCUUGGAGGAUAUCGAAAACGACUUUGUCAUUCGCAACGACUUGAUCGAUUGCCACGUGGAUAUAUGUUCUCCUCAUGUUCCGCAAAUCUUCCAGGAGAAUUUCGAUUACCAGACUCUCAGAAGUGACUUUGUCAAGGGAGUUUUGACUUCUGAUUUGUUGAAGAAGACGAUUUAUGCAUACAUCGCAGAGGGUGCUGAAUAUGCCGCCCGUGUGGAAAGUUGGGACACUUAUGACGCCAUUUCCCAGGAUGUGUUGGCUCGUUGGUCCUACCCAUUGGUGCCCGACAUGAACUUGAUUGGCCUGUCUUACAAAUAUGAGUUUCAUCACAUCUACAAAGAAGAUAAGGUUGUUUUGGCACAGUCUUGCAGAGUCGGAAGCAGCACAUCAAUUGGUACCAACACUAGCGUUGGUGCCAACACUGCCAUUGAGAAGUCAUCAAUCGGGCGCAAUUGUGAGGUGGGUGCCAAUGUAAUUGUAAAGAAUUCUUAUAUCUGGGAUAACGUCGUCAUCGAGGACAAUGUCACCGUUGAAAAUGCCAUUGUCGCUGGAAACACUGUCAUCAAAGAGGGUGCGAAACUUCGAAAGGGUGCCGUUAUUGGCUACAAUGUGACCAUUGGAGCUGGCAAGGUCAUAUCUUCCAACGUGAAAGUUGUGGAUAAGCCUGUCAAGAAGGACACAGGGAGCGGUGUGUUCGAUGAUGAUGACGAGGAGGACCAGAACGAAGAAAACUUUCAAGCAAACGCUAUCGAUGUGGACAUUGUUGGUGAGGAUGGUGCUGGUGUCAUGUACUUGUCUGACAGAGAAUUUGAUGACGAAUCAGAACUGGAAAGUGCAUCUCUCAAUAACAGCAGUCUCAUCUACCAGAUGAGCAACCUCAACGUGUCGGACGACUCGAUUGCUUCGGUCACAAAGAAGAAGAUGAAGAGACAUGGUCGUCACAAUUCCAGAAGUAGCAGGAGAAUGUCCGCUACGUCUGUUCUUUCGACAGAUUUUGAGGAGGAAGAGGAAGAAGAUUUUAAUAAGGAAGCUGUUGCUACAGUUGAAAGAGCAAUAGAGAACAAGCAUGACUUGGACACUGCACUUCUCGAACUUAAUACUUUGAGGAUGUCCAUGAAUGUUACUUAUCAUGAAGUUCGUCAAGCCACCGUGGAAGCCAUCGUGAGGCGAAUUGUUCACUUCAUUACUACAGACACUCUCAACGUGAGAGAUGCUUCCGCCAAAAUUUUCAAUGAGUGGGGAGGACUUUUCAGAAGGCAAAUAUUUUCUGAGGAAGACCAGCAAGAUCUAGCGCAAAUCAUCCAGGAGGCCUGCGCCACCGUUGACCACGAAUACAAUGAGAUGAUUUUGUGCAUUGCCCUUCAGAAGCUUUACCAGAUGGACAUAAUCGAAGAGGACAACAUCUACGCGUGGUGGAACUCUGAGGCUUCCGUGGCGACAGAGGCGUUGAAAAAAGUGCGUGGAGUAACAGCUCUGUUUGUGGAAUGGUUGCAAAAUACCGAGGAAGAGAGCGAGGAAGAGAGCGAGUGA